UUUGGCUGUGCGCUGUCUUAAACAGGAAGCAAGUCGUAGCCUUCACCCAAGUUGUUCUCUGUAUACACAGUCGAUAAAACAUUGUUCUUACGUGUACGUUAAGCAGCUAACACAAGCAGCAGCACGCAUCUGUAGGACUUUAAACACCUCUGACCACAUCCGUCUCUUGCACGUGAUCCGUUGCGUCACAGGACACUCAUGCCGUGUGUAGCAUGCGUGUAAUGUCAUGCCUAUCUGAUGUUAAAGUGCGUGUAGUGUACCCCGACCCCGGCCGUCUUCUGCCAUGUUCUGGCUCCGAUCGCUCCGAGCGUGUCCUCGCAGACUGUUUCACAGCCGGCCCGUCAGCCGCGAUCAGGUGCUGGAGCAGCUCCAGAAGUGCUCGGCCGAAGACCAGGUUUUCGACGUGGUGGGCCGCAACAAGGCCGUGCUGUCCGCGAGCCACGUGAGCUGCGCUGUGGAGCGGCUGUGGCUGAUUCAAAGAGAGCGGCCGGACGUGCUCAGGACCGUCGAGCGGAUCCAGAAUCACCCGGAGUUCCUGGAGCUUCGGGUUCUGGCCAAAAACAAGAUCGCCCUCAUGGAUGACACUUCAGUGGUGGAUAUGCUUUACGUUUUGCUUAGAUUUCAGGUGGAACACCAUGACUCUCUUGUGCAGCAUCUGGUGUCAGAGGCUUGGAGCAGACUAGAGAGGUUCCAGAUGACAACACUUUCAAAGUUUGCGGUGUGUGUGAGCAACCAGUUUCUGCCGCACAGCCCGCUGAUGGGUCAGAUCACACACAUAGUGAGUCAGAGACUGGACUCCAUUCAAGAUGCCAGAGUGCUCUCAUCCUUGAUGAGCAGCAUCUUCGCCCUGGUGUCGCCACAGCUGCGAGACGCACUGUUUAGAAAAGCGGACUCCCUUUUGGAAGAAAUCAACCCGUUGCACUACAACAGCCCCAGAAGGGUUUUGCAUUUCAUCCGAAACGUCAAACUGAUUCACCGUCCCCUGCUGGAGAAGUGCAACCGGAUUUUAAUGCUGAACGUCCCCCGGAUGGACGUGGAGCACAUCAGCAUCAUUCUGGGACUGUAUCACUCGCUGCAGUACCACAACUUGGAUUUCCAGCUGACUGUUAAACAGAGACUCGUGGAGCUGAUAGACACAUGCACAGAUCCUGCCACUUUCACCAAACUCUUUGCUUCUUUAGGACCAAUGGCAAGCCAAAGUGUCAAAGAGGGGUUAGAGAGUACAGCUCUGCUGCUGGCUAAUGAGCUCAAUCGCCAUCAGGUUUUAAGUGUGCUGGAGACAAUGGAGCAGAUCAAAUGCAGAAACCUUCAGUUGAUAAACAAGAUGGCAGAAGUAAUCUUAAGGAAUAUGGAGAUGUAUAAGGCAGUGGAAAUCGCUCGAAUCACUCAAGCACUCUUCCUGCUGCACUACCAUCAUCCAGAGAUCUUCUCCAGACUGAAAGCCAAACUGCUGCAUUACCUGCAGGCUAGUGUGUAUCCGUGCGAAGUGACCAUGCUAACCAGGGUUCUGUACAUGCUUCCUUCUCUCCGUCCCGAUGAGACCGUCCUUUCCCGGGUGAGCGCUAUCAUCCCGCAGUGCAACCUGAACUACCUCAACACUUACGCCAUGGUCGUCUCUAAGUGGAUUCGCAAAGACCCCUCCAACGAUUACGUCCGCCUGCUCCAGACCCUGAACUGCUGCGGUCGCGAGCGGCUCCGCGGCUCCCAGAGCCUGGACGCGGUGCUGGAGGAGGUCAGGUCUUUGUCGGGGGAGUGGUUUGAUGAGAUGCUGCUGAAAGAGUCUAUAGACUUAAUGCAGAGACUGAUUGACCAGGUGUCCUGGACUAACGUAAAUGACCUGGGCCUUUAUCUGGCCAGGACUACCUACUUCAGUGCCGCACUAAUGGACCGCAUCGCUGCUGUGACCACUGAAAAUAUAGACAAGAUUCAUUACUCUGCAAUCUAUUCCAUUUUGCUGCCUUUCGCUCUGCUAAAUCACGACCCACCGAAGGCGGAGGAGUUUUUCAAUGCGUGCAUUCGACAUUUCACUCCGAAUAUUAGUUCCGUUGAGCCUCACCAGCUGAUUCUCAUGGCUUACGCACUGGCUCUGGCUGAUUAUUUCCCCGAGAAGGUGGUCAGAGAGAUCUUCAGCUUAGAUUUCCUGGCAAAGUUGGAUACCCAUCUGGAGACCUUUACAAACUCUCACAACAUGCACAUCCGUUUCCGUCUCAUGGAGCUGAAUCGGGCCGUGUGUCUGGAGUGUCCUCAGUUCCAGGUGCCCUGGUUUCACGAGAGCUACUGUAAACUGCGGCAGAAGAGAGCCAACAGCUCCAUCGGUCCAGCCCAGCAGCAGAUCCAUAAGAUGCUCGGAGACGUCUUGGGUGGGAUGAACUGUGCCAAAGUAGGAGCGCUGACGCCGUACUUCUACACUAUCAAUUUUGAAAUCGUCUUGGAUCGCCAUCUUCAGCCGAUACCGUACGCCGAGUUCAGUGAGAACGAAAACGUUCACUGGGAGUCCAGAUCGGAAGACCGAGAGAGAGCAGAGCUACCGCCUGGAGCUCACCGCAUUGCAUUGGAUUUCCUGGACCACAGGUCGUUCAGCAAAAAUGCAUGGCACAUGAAAGGAGAGGCCAUGAUGAAGAAAAGGCAUCUGGAAAUUUUAGGAUAUCGUGUAUUGCAGAUUCCUCACUUUGAAUGGAACUCAAUGGAGCUUUCCACAGAAGAUGCGUGGAAAGAAUAUCUAAGGAAAAAAAUAUUCUCAGGGUUGUCCUGAGGCCAUUAUUUUAACUGCUCAUUUUGUAACAUGCAAAACAAUUCUUUUGUUCACGAGGAAGAAAUUCAUAGCUGUAUGCCUUUAAAUAUGUAUUUAUUAUGCAUUUUAUAUAAAAGAAUACAGGUAUUAAAGUAAAUUUAAUUUUGGCAUCCAUUGUAAAAGUGUUUUUCUCAACCGCACCACAAAACAUGAACAUGAAGCAAUAAAUCCGUGGUCAUUUUUACUCUUAAAGUCAAUAUGAGACUGUGUAUUUUACUUCGUCACAGAAGACGGAUGAAUGAUUUGUCAUUUAAAGAUCAAAAAAAAAAUGUUUCGGAGGUGGAGGAAGUUAAAAAAACGUAAAAAAAAAAAAAAAACUGGGAAUGUGCAUUAUAGUAAAUAUAGUCAGUAUUUCAUGUUGACUUUAAAUGUUUUUUUGUCGUUUUUGCUGCUUUAAAAUAUAGUUAUAAUUUGUUGUUGGGCACAAACUAUAAUAUGUGAUAAUCCUUUUAAAGUUUAGGCAUCUUUGCGGCAUUUAAUCUCAUAGAAACGCAGGAGGCGCCGGAAGCAUAUCGCAUCUCUCGUAUCAUUCCAGUCCACUGUUUCUUGUCUUCAUCAUACCUGGU